AUGACUGCUAAGCCGGUUCUCACUCCUGAGCAGAGGGAGCACUUUCUCAACCACGGCUGGAUCAAAAUCCCCAAGGCGUUUACAAAAGAGCAAGCCGCCCAAAUGACCAAGAACGUCUGGACCAGGCUGGGCAUGGAACCUCACGACAAGUCUACCUGGCACACCAUCCGCACCAACAUGCCAAGUCACCAGACCUUUGAUGCCGCUCACUUUGCCCCUCGUGCGUGGGCUGCCAUAUGCGAGCUCUGCGGGGGUGAGGAACGUAUCAGCCCAACCUCGAGGGAAUGGCGCGACUCCCUCAUAGUAAACUUAGGCUCUCCCACGUACGAGAACCAGCCCGACCCACCCCAGGCCCUCACAGGUUGGCAUGUCGACGGUGACUUCUUCGUCCACUACCUAGACUCUCCCGAGCAAGCCCUCCUAGUCGUGCCCCUCUUCACCGACAUUCCCCCCCAGGGCGGCGGCACCGCCCUCUACCCAGCCGGCAUGCGCGCAGUCGCAGCCCACCUGCACGCCCACCCAGAGGGUGUCAGCCCGCGCAUGGUUCCACGCGGCGAACCAGGUUUUACCGAGGGCUACCGCAACCUCGACUGGUUCAACGGCAUCUCUGGCCAGGGGGCUGAUGAGGACUAUGUCGAGGCCUCUGGUGACGUCGGGGAUGUGUAUCUUUUGCACCCGCUCAUGCUGCAUAGUAGCACCAACAACAGCUUGCGGAACGUGCGGAUCAUCACGAACCCGCCUGUGAGCUUACGCGAGCCCUUCAGACUGGACAGGAGCGGCGAGGAGGAGGAGGGUCAGUAUAGUCUGGUGGAGAGGGCUACGCUGCGGAUGCUGGGGCAGGAGGAUGGUUUGGAAGGAUGGAAGAUUACGCAUGAGCGUGAGGGCGUGAUUCCAGAGAGGCUCAAGAUUCAGGAGAAGAUGAAGCAGGAGGAGCUGAAGAGGUUGGAGGAGGCGGAGAGGAACAAGACAGCUACUGUCUCGACUGCUGCCAUUGCUGCUUAA